CGGCCACCCGCGCGACUACUGCGCUGCUGGCCCGCAAUUCAAGUGCGCUAGUCGGACCAGCGCCGUUUCGCGUCACACCGUUCUCUAUAACCGGCACGGCGGCUUAUAGCACCAGAAAGGCGCGUUAGCGCCAGACACCUCUACUUUACGCCUCCGGGUUCCGCGCGCAGAAGAGAAGUGACUCGGAGACGGGGAAAAAAAAGAUACAGCUCCUCCUGCAGAGAGAAUGCGUCUCCAUCUGACGUUAUCGUGAGUCCAACUGCCACAGUGGGUUUGUGAUUGUGUGCGAGUGAGUGAGAUUAUAUUCGGACAUCUCGGUGAGCCAGUUGUGUUGGCAGAGCCAUCGCCUAUCGGCUUCGUCGUCACUGCUUGUCUACUAGGGACGACGCCAAGUUCGUCUGUCGUCUGCUAGCGUGUGGUCUGCCGUAUUCGUCAAGCACGCUUCUCCGCUGUGUCCACGCAACUUGAUCGCCGAGGAAGAUGUUGAGGUGGUUCCGCGAGGGACCGCCCGAACUGGAAUCAGAGUCUGCGGCCAUCGAGGAUGUGCUGCAGCACCUGUCUCGGGGGAUGCGCCUUUACAAGGUGCGCUCCGCCAAAAAGACUUACCGGCGCCGCUACCAGCUUCUCCUGGAGAACAUGCACCUCGUGUACAGAAACUCCAGGAAGCCAUCUUUCUUCGCUAGGAAGCCCUACGUGGACAUCUUCGAGGUCGAGGAGGUGCGCAAGGGCUGGAAGACAGACGUGUUUAACGGCGUCGAGCGCAAAUAUCGCCGCGGCGCGCGCACGCACUACCUGCCUUUCAGCGGCGUGGACAUGAACGAGGACCGCUGCUUCUCGCUCAUCCUGUCGCCCAAGCACGAGACGCUCGACCUGGUUGCGCGAACCCCAAACGAGUGCGACCUGUGGGUGCGCGGUCUGCGCCACCUGGUAGCCAACUGCAAGAACACGCGCAGGGACCAGGAGUACGAGAGGUGGCUGCGGGACCAGUUUCAGAAAGCUGAUGUCAACAAGAGUGGUGCUCUGAACUUCCAAGAGUGCCAGGGCCUCCUCAGGCAGCUCAACAUCACCAUGGACAAACGUCACUGCCGGGCUCUCUUCAAUGCUGCCAAUUUCAAGAAGCAUAAAGUAAGCGGAGAAGAUGUGCUGGACCGAGAAGAGUUCAUAGCCUUCUACCACAGCCUCCUGUCACGGCCCGACAUCGAUGCCAUCUUUAAAACGUAUGCCGGCCACAGCAUGAAUGUGAUGGGUCCUGACCAACUGCAGAAGUUCCUAACCCAGGAACAGAAGAUGAAUGUGUCCUUUGAAGACUGCAAGAGGAUCAUUGAGAACUAUGAAGUAGACAAGUACAAGCCCCAAGGCUAUCUUGGAAUUUCAGGUUUUCGUGAGAUGCUUCUUUCAGAAGAACACGACAUAUUUGACACCAAGCACCGGCAGGUUUGCCAGGAUAUGAACCAACCACUGAACCACUACUACAUAGCAUCGUCCCACAACACGUACCUAGUUCAGGGACAGCUUGUUGGCAGCAGUAGCGUCGAGGGCUACAUCAGGGCACUGAAGAAAGGAUGCCGCUGCCUGGAGCUCGAUGUGUGGGAUGGGCCUGACAAUGAGCCAAUUGUUUACCAUGGUUACACUCUCACGACCAAGAUACUCUUCCGGGACGUCCUCGAGUCGGUCAUGCAGUAUGCCUUCAAAGAGUCGCAGUACCCCGUGAUCUUGUCUCUCGAGAACCACUGCACUCUUGAGCAGCAGAAAGUGAUGGCCAAGCACCUAGUCGAAAUGCUGGGCCCUUUAUUGUACAAGAAGCGGAUCGGUGAAAACGAAACAACAAUGCCACCACCUUCAGCACUGCUGAAUAAAGUUCUCAUUAAGGGCAAGAAGCUAAACAAAGACCUCUCCUUGGAUCAGGAUGAGGAUAGCGAGGAUGAAGGCGCGGCUGCCAAACCCACGCACAAAAGUGUCUUGGCUGAAGAGCUUUCGGACUGCGUCAACUACUGCAAGGCAACGCAUUUCAAGUCAUUCGAAGAGGCUGAGAAGUGGCACUUCAACGAAAUGGCCUCCUUCAGUGAAGUGAAGGCCAGCAAGAUCUCAUCGACUCCAGAGGGUGCCCAGAGUUUCAUUCGCCAUAACAGCAAGCACCUGUCCAGGAUAUACCCCAAGGGAACCAGGACAGACUCAAGCAACUACGACCCCGUGAAAUUCUGGAACGUUGGCUGCCAGAUUGUGGCACUGAACUACCAGAGCUGGGACCAGAAGAUGUUCUUGAAUGAAGCGAAAUUUUCCCUGAAUGGCCACUGUGGCUACGUGCUUAUGCCAGAGUUUCUCCGCAAAGGAAACUUCAAGAUGGAUUCUCCUGACCCAUCCCUCAAAAAGACACUCGUUCUCAGGAUAAUCAGUGGCCAGCAGCUUCCCAAGCCCCUUGAGACCACGGGCGGCGAAAUCGUGGACCCUUAUGUCGUCGUAAAAAUCUUUGGACAUCCACUGGACAAUCAGAAGGUCAAGACAAGGUUCGUCAGGAACAAUGGCUUCAACCCAACGUGGGAGGAGAAAUUUGAGCUGCCGGUGCAUGUCCCCGAGCUGGCCAUCUUGGUGUUCACAGUCAAAGAUGAGAGCCGCACGGGCAAGAACAUGAAGCUGGCCAAGUUUGCAAUCCCCUUGGAUGCAGUACGCGAGGGUUAUCGGCAUGUGCGGCUCUGCAACAACGCUUUCAUCUCCCUGGUGCCGGCGAGCAUAUUUGUGCACGUCAGCUUCCGCAAGCCCUGAUUGUGCGCAUCAUGAACUGCCACUGAGAAGUACACUCUCGGGGCACUUUUUGCGCUUUCCGAGCCUUGUCAUUGCCGUCUAAAAUGUGCCUCCUUACGACUCCAUUAUGCAUCUGCCUACACAUUUGUAUUGCACACUGUAGUGUGGCCUUUCUUCUGUGCUAACCAGCAACUGCCACACAGCCAGUUGCAAGGGUUUUUUUGUUUUUUUACUAUGGUUUGCUCAUUCACUCAUUUGUUCACCAACAUGCUGUCUUUACAGAUGAUGAGCUCGAAACAGUUUACCUCGCUGCACUUGAAAGGUUAUGGUAAAAAGGGAGCUGAUGUAUUUUGUCAGAAGUUUUGAAGACAUGACGCGCAUACUUGGGCCUGUUGCCUAACCUAUUCCCCCGACUCUUGUACAGGCCAGGGCAGUUGCUAGCUGUCCUGACACAAUGCCCUCUGACAGUUCUCGUGUGCACAGAGGUUUUGGCAGAGAUUGUACAUACUUUGGAUGUUGUUCAAGAGAAUGUCAGUUCUUGUUGAAGGCCGUGCAACUGUCCUUUGUAGGAACCUGUUUUCACCUUGAGCAGCCUUUUUAUCAACUUUACAGUUACCAACUGAGCUGAUUUGUGAAUUGGAUGCUACAGGGGGUCAUGCCGACAAUAACAUGACAGUUAUUUGCCACCUACAAUGACAGAUAAUGGCUGCUUCAGCUACUCAUGCAGGCGAGUGCUUAAAUGAAGCUUAAGCAUUAAGGAAACCCCUAUUUGAUCCAAACAACUUCACAAGUUGGAAUUUACUGCAGUCAACAUUUAACCAAGAAUGGUCUGGUAUACCAGAGCCAGGCAAAAUAGAGGUCAUUCUGAAUGUAGAGAUUAAGGACGCUUGCAAUAUAUCACCGAGUCAUUUUGUAUACUUGGCUUGUUUGCGUUAAAAAAUUUUGGAGGCACCUUUUCACUGACAGGUAGAAUUUUGAAGACGAGGUCUUCUUUGGAGACUUAGAUUUGGGGUUCUCAGGAUCUGUUUAUCUGGCCGCUUUCGUCUCAUCAAAUUAGACUAUUUGAGGCCUUCUAGUGCACACAGGAUAAUGAAAAAGCCGUCGAAAUGAAGCUUGGAAUCGAAAAAGAUGCACCAAGAUAGCGUGUCGCUAUGUACAGAGCACUAGUAUAAUGUCUUAUUAGUUCAAAAAGGAUGAGAUGAAACCCAGAUGCACUCGUUCAAACUGCACGUGCCUAAUACCAAAACGGAAGUGCAGCCUUACUCAACGAAAAAUCGUGGUUGAUCCCAGAGACAGUGCAGUUUAAAACGCGAGCUGAUAUUGAAGGUACUGCAGUCUAAACAACAAACCACUUGGUACACUAAUGCGCCCAACAAGGCCUUGUCUUUCUUCGAUGUUAGCUGCUGUUAACUCGCCUUUUAUUGCGAUUCAAUCUCACACAAAUUCCAUUGUUUCUGAUCAUGGUAUAUCGGCAGAGGAACAAGAUCACUAAAAACUGUACGCUUUGUGGAUCUGAAACUUCCAUACGCAGCAUAUGAAGCCAAUGAUUGUGGUGACCUGGAUAUAUAAAUAGUAGGUCUCAUGGCACACAAGAAGCACAUAUGUUCUUUUUUUCAAUGGUGCUCUUUUUGAUGACAUAAUGUUUUGUCAUGUAGCAUCGCUGGCACCUUUUAUAUCACAAAUUCAUUGUAUUCACUGUGCCUUCAUGCCGCCCUUAUAUGCUCGUGCUAACGAACCAUCACUAGUGAUGUGAAUGUUUACAAGGUGAUCCAUUUUGCUACGCCUCCUUAUAAGCUGCACCCCUGCUGUCAUGCAUGACGACAUAUUCUGCUAUCAGCACUGCGAGCUUUCCGCUGAAUUUUGCAGAAUUUUUUAAUAUGUUUCAUGAGUGGAAAGAAAUUGCAAGACGUGCCUUCUGCGAAAAAUUUUGAUUUUUAUGCAGUUUGGCCAUGGAGCUUGUCAAAUGGUACACCAGGUUCGCUGAAAAUGCGCACUACCACACGCUGCAAUUCUGAAUUUUAGGCUGCAUAGAAAAUGGACCACUUCACGUAAUUCCAUAGUUCGUGACCAUUUGGUGCUGAUAGAACAUACAAAUAGUUGCUUACGCAAGAGCUGUUUGCAUUAGUUAGCUACAUUGCAAAGAGCCUCGAGUUGGGCUUGUCAAGGUAACAUACUCCUCCACUAAUUACAGUGGAGGGCGUGUUGCAAUAUGGGCAUAACAAUGUAAAUUUAUAUCCAUGAAGUAAGCAUGUUCCUUUGGCUGGUAUGUGUUCUACCUAUUAAACUGUGGCAGCUUAAAACUUUCUAUACAAAGAAUAAGCAGGACGUGAUAUAUGCAGAGACAGGUUGUUUUUUUUAUGUGUGUUUUGCACUGGGUUGGGAAGUGGGUGUCCUGUGCCCUGUCACACUCAAUAUGGACAUAUGAAUUUUUCUGUGGAAAAAUAGACAUCGGGCGCUCAUCAUGUGGUCUUGCUCAGAAGGACUGACCGAAGCCAACGCUGCUGAGCAAAAUGUCAGUUGGGGCAUUGGAGUACUCUGAAAAACAUGUCCAAGUCUCUACAUCACAAUUAAAUGCAAGUUUUUGAGCAGGUGAAACAAUGAAUCAUGGUAGCAGCUAAGGAACAACUGUCAAACUGUGGUUUCCUGCUUAAGCAUUGGACAAUGUCUAUUUACUGCACAGCACUUGUUGUUCAUUUGGACUGCCCACCCAGAUCGUAUGCUGCAAGUGUUAACAAUGUGAAGCGUCCUUUGCUCGAGCUGUAUAUAAUCAACUUGUCUGCAUCAGUAUGUGCCAAAAAGUUGUCUGUAAUGUUGUACAUUAUUUUGUUAUGUCCUUCUGGCUAACUCAGAAUCAGCCAGAUAACAUAUGUACAUUUUCUGUCUUCAUAUGAUGUAAUGAUGAUUUCUUAUGGCACGCGGAAAGCUGUUAAUGGCACCUUUUUUUCCCACUGAUGCUGUGGCGAUAAACUUUUAUUCAAGUACAAAAACAUUGUUAGUUGACUUACUGUUUGCAAAUUAUGGCUAAUUAUUGUACGUUGUCAUGAUCACAAGAUGCACGGUGCAUUUUAAGUUGCCCAGUAUACCCUUCAUAUGAGUUAUGCACUUCUAUGAGUAUAGUUUAGAAGAGUUUUUUUUUUUUUUUUUGCCACAUAUCACAAACACAUGGUGCAUAUUACUCAGUGCUGUCUGUUUUUUUCUCUCAACGUUUCACUGCCUGAGUGGUCGAAUAUUCCACAAAACAUUUAUAUUUUUAUGCUUAUUGCUACAUCCAGAAACUGUUUUUUGGUGCCCAAUGGAAAAAAAUUGUAAUAUACCUCACCUAUUUUGCAUCCUCCUUUCUUUUUUUUUUUGCUACUUGGAUAAAAUCCUUGUGUGACUGAAGAAAACUGGUUGCUGCAUCAUUUUGCAAUCGCUAUGCAUGUAAUGAAGAUGUGUUUCUCUGAUUUGACAAUGGCUGUGCCGUGGUUUUAAAAUAAUUACAGUAUUGAAUGGAAAUCAGUGAACAGAUGUGCCGCCUGCUGCUUAUACGUUGUUUGAAAUUUCUUUUUUUUUUUUCUUUGUGAAAGAUUGCAUUCUAAGAUGAACAUGGUAGUGUGACCAUGUACAGUGAAUAAAAUGUGCCGAUAUUGAA